AUGGGGAUCAAAGGGAUUUAUCGAGAGCUAGGCCCAGGCAAGAGGAUCUCACUGUCCAAGCUUGCAUCCGACAGCUUCGCCGAGCACAAUCGACCCUACCGUCUCGCCAUUGACAUUGCCAUCUGGCAGUUCCAAAAUCAGGCUGCUCGUGGUGGCACCAACCCCGCCAUCCGAACGCUCUUCUACCGACUCGUCCGUCUUCUGGGCACGCCGAUCCAGCCAAUCUUUGUUUUCGAUGGCCCGAAUAAGCCUAAGUUCAAACGUCAUAGGCGGUCCGGCAGGGGCGAUGGAUUCGCAGCGGCUCACGCAAAGAGGCUGAUUCGACUCUUUGGGUUCGUGGUCCACGAUGCACCCGGCGAGGCCGAAGCCGAAUGCGCCUUUCUACAGAAGAACGGCAUCGUCGAUGCGGUGCUGAGUGAAGAUGUGGACACAAUCAUGUUUGGAUGCACACGAACGCUGCGGAACUGGUCGGCUGAGGGCAAGGCCGGAAAGCCAACCCACGUCUCCAUGUACGACGUCGAGGAUUUGAACAUGGCCAACCUUGGUCUCGAUCGAGAAGGGAUGGUGUUGGUUGCCCUUAUGAGCGGCGGCGACUAUAUCCCUGAGGGAGUGCCCGGCUGUGGACCAAAGGUGGCAUGCGAGGCUGCCAAGGCAGGCUUUGGGAAGUCUCUGUGUCAGCUUCGGGCCUCGGAUACAGAAGGUCUCCGCCAAUGGAAAGAGUCAUUGAGACACGAGCUUCAGACAAAUGAAAGCAAGUACUUUCGCACUCGCCACAAGGCUCUGGUCAUUCCAGAGGAUUUCCCCAGUGUAGAAGUGCUUCGCUAUUACACUCAUCCUGUGGUGUCUCCGGAAUCCACACUGGAAGUUGUCAGGCAAAGGUUGAAUGAAACCAGGGAAAUCCAGCUGGAUGGUCUGAGAGAGUUUACUAGGGAGACAUUUAACUGGGAUUUCCGCAUCGGUGCAAUCAAGUUCAUCCGUGUGCUCAGCGAGGGCCUGUUUGUAAAUCGCAUUCACCAGGACGGCAUUAACGGGGACUCUUUCGUCAAGAAAAUAUCAGCGCGCCGGAGCCAUUUCAGCACAGACGGCACGCCCGAACUACGACUCGCUUAUAUUCCCGAAGAAAUUGUGCCCAUCGAUAUCUCAAAUGAGGUUGAAGAAGAAAUCACAUAUGCUCGGAGCGGCCUGGCUCUCAAUAGCGACGACGAGUUUGCAACGGCUCCAGACAGUGUUGAGGAUCUCCAGGGCGGCAGUGGAAAGACGUUUGACAUUACAAAGCCAGAACUCACCUGGGUUCUAGAAGAAGUGGCGAGGAGGUUUGCACCAAGAGCUAUCCAAGCUUGGGAAGAAGGGAUCCAGGCGAAAACAAAACGGAAGCCAACUAAAAAGAAAGCAACAACAUCGAAGGCGAAAAAGGUUGACACGAUGCCUCAUGGGGCUCUCGAUAGCUUCGUUCGCAUCACCAAGGCGGUGGAAACACAGGAGAAAGCUACCAGCAGCGGUGCUUUCGACGCGAACAAGGAUGACAUGGAGGCUAGUGAGCUCAGUGAAUCAUCAGAAGUGUCUCUCCCUCCUCUCCCGCGACCAAGCCAAUUGCUCCGACCACAAACACCGCCAUCACUACGGAAGCCCAGUAAGCAACCCACGCCCAACGCACCUCCUAGCUUGGACGGAGUUUUCGAAGCUAUCGUCAUUUCGUCCAGCCCUGCCGGCAGCGCAUCGCCACCUUCACGGUCUUUGCCGUCAUCGCCAAUUGCAGCCACCUCCUCACAUCAUGGUGAUGAGGUUCCCAGGUCAAUACGGUCGGUUCGUGCGGCUGGUGCUACAUCGCGGGUAAGAGGUGAACACGAUACACCGACUUCUUCAAUAACGAAACCAAAGCAAAAGACAUCGUCCCUCCACAAGACGUCUCAAGGAGCAACAAAGCUAAAGCAGAUGUCAAUGGACAUGUUUACACAAAAACUUCCCGAGACGGAUCGCCCUGGAUCGUCCAAGAGCAGCAUAUACAACCCAAACUCCAGCCGAGAGAACGCUACUACACGACUGACGAACAGGGAAAUUGAGAUUAUACCAUCCAGCAGCCCCGAAGCGCCACAUACAUCGCGUCCUACAACAAGCAAAGAAAGGGCCCUCUCUCCUCCGCCACAACACGCUGACAGUCCCACUCCCGCGCCAGCAAAGAGACUAUAUAUCCCUAGUAACACCGGCUUCUUUGUGGAAGUUGAAGUCGACGAAGACGAGUAUGAAGAGAGACUCGCACGAGAAGUACAAUCGCUUCAAGCUCGUGGCAUCGCAGCUAGUGUUGUUAGGCGGAGCGAUGUAUCUUUUAUCGAUCUGACGGGAGGGGAUGACGCUACCAACAGUUAA